GUUGCCGAAUGUUACAACAUGGCGAGGCUGAGGCGCGGCUGCUGCUACAUCCUGAUGGCGCUGCUGCACUCGGCGGUGCGCCGGGCCGCCGCUGGCAUCGGUUCCAGCAUCUCGGGGCUGCGGCUGGAGAACGCGGCGGAGAUGCUCCUGGCGUCUCCGUCCCUGGUGGCGGCCGUGACCGCCUCGGAGCCCGAGGCGCUGCAGGUGACCGAAGACAGCACGGUGAAGCUGCGGGUGUUCGGCACCAACAUGGAUGGCAACGCGUGGAGCCUGCUGGCGUUCGCCGAGGCGGAGGGUAACGCCAGCCAGGCCGGCGACGAGCUGUGCCUGCACCGCUCCAAGGACAUCGAGGUGCUGCAGCCGGUGGAGGUGAGCCGCGACACCUCGGCCGUGCUCCGCCUGAGGGUCAGGCCGCUGCGCAAGAACGAGAGGUCCAAGCUGUUCGUGCUGUGCACUUGGAACGGCUCGGCGUGGAUGCUGCACCCGGGCAGCGACACCCGCAUCGUAGUGCUGGAGCUGAAGGAGCCACUGAUGCCGCUCUGGCUGCAGGUCAUCCUCACCGUGCUCCUGCUGGUCCUGUCGGGCAUCUUCAGCGGCCUCAACCUGGGUCUCAUGGCCCUGGACCCCAUGGAGCUGAGGAUCGUGCAGAACUGUGGCACCGACUCGGAGCGCCGCCACGCCAAGUGCAUCGAGCCGGUCCGCCGCCAGGGCAAUUAUCUGCUGUGUUCCUUGCUGCUGGGGAAUGUUCUGGUCAACACUACCCUCACCGUGCUCCUGGACGACCUGGUGGGCUCCGGCUGGGUCACCGUGGUGACUUCCACCAUCGGCAUCGUCAUCUUGGGCGAGAUUGUGCCCCAGGCGCUGUGCUCCAGGCACGGCCUGGCAGUGGGAGCCAAGACCAUAAUCUUGACCAAAUUCUUCAUGAUCCUCACCUUUCCCCUGUCCUUCCCCAUCAGCAAGUUGCUGGACCUUAUCCUCGGCCAGGAGAUCGGCAAGGUGUACAGCCGCGAGAAGAUCCUGGAGAUGUUGAAGGUGACGGGGCCCUAUAAUGGGCUGGAUAAGGAAGAGCUGAACAUGAUCCAGGGGGCUCUGGAGCUGAGGAGCAAAACCGUGGAGGAUGUCAUGACUCCCAUUCACGAUUGUUUCAUGGUGAGCAAGGAUGCCAUCCUGGAUUUUAGUACAAUGUCUGAGAUCAUGGAAACGGGUUACACUAGGAUUCCCGUGUACGAGCAGGAAAAAUCCAACAUUGUUGACAUACUGUACGUGAAGGAUUUGGCUUUUGUCGACCCUGAUGACUGCGUCCCUCUUAAGACGAUCACUAAGUUCUACAACCACUCUUUACAUUUUGUUUUCUAUGAUACCAGAUUGGAUACAAUGUUGGAAGAGUUCAAACAAGGUAAAUCACACCUGGCGAUUGUACAGAAAGUGAACAGUGAGGGCGAGGGAGAUCCCUUCUACGAGGUGCUGGGACUUGUCACUCUGGAGGAUGUUAUCGAAGAGAUCAUCAAGUCAGAGAUUCUUGAUGAAUCAGAUUUAUACACUGACAAUCGAAGCAAAAAGAAAGUUGUUCACUAUGGCAAGAAAAGGGACUUCUCUGCCUUCAAGCCAACCGUUAAUGAGGUGCAAGUUAAGGUGUCCCCUCAGCUGCUGCUCGCUGCUCACCGCUUCCUAUCCACAGAGGUCAGUCACUUUAGUACUGCACAUUUUUCAGAGAAGAUCCUGCUCCGUCUCCUUAAACAUCCCGAUGUCAUCAAUGAAAUCAAAUUUGAUGAGGACAACAAGCAUAGUCCUGACCACUAUCUCUACGUCCGAGGUAGACCAGUUGACUACUUUGUACUGAUUUUGCAGGGCAAAGUGGAGGCAGAGGCUGGGAAGGAAGAUAUGAAGUUUGAGACUGGACCUUUCUCCUACUAUGGCACCAUGGCUCUCGGCAGUUCGCUCGUGGCUCCUCUCUCCAGGCUCCGCACAUGCAGCCUCAAAACAGCUUCCCUAAUUCCUUGGUUCCAAGAGACCCGUUCAUCCUCUCGCAACAGUGAGUUAAAUCGUUCCAUGUCGCUGCAUCAAACUGAGCGCUCGGAGUCUACGGGGUCCAUUGUACCGACUGUUAUGGGUGGUUCAACACAUUACGUUCCCGAUUUCUCUGUCAGGGCAGUGACAGACCUACAGUUUAUGAAGAUCACAUGGCAGCAAUAUCAGAAUGGAUUACUGGCUUCAAAACUGGACAGCACCCCACAGUCUCCAGAGAACCCCCACACAAAGAUCGACAUGCCUGCAUCGGAGAAGUCCCAGAGUAUAGCAGACGAAACCACAAGCCUGCUGAAUGAGCAGAACUCUUCGAACCGUAAACCCAAACACACUUCCAUAGAAAACAAUAUAUGACCUCUCUCCGAGGUCUGGUACUUAAAGUUGGGCAUUAAAAACAGGUCACAGUGCAACUUCAAUAUUGUCUGAGGACAAAGAAACAACCCAGAACUACGUGGAACCAGAUAAGAGGAUCGUACCUUACACUGUAGUCCUGAGAGUGUGGAAUGGGAGGAGUGCUGUUUUGUGUUUUACUAACUAGCUGCAAUGGGUGGGUGAUGGGGACACUUGGCUUUGGAAACCAUACAGAAGGAAGAUGAGAUAACGGAUGAUCUCCAUUGCCAAAGGUGUGAUCCUCCAAUGACUUUUUCUUCCUCUUUUUGCUAAUGACAAAGCUUCGAUGUUGGAGGUGGAUGCUGAGGCCUUGCACUGGCCAUUGUCCGUGGUGAGCACCGUCCAGUAGUCCAGGGUCCUGUGUUGCUGGCCAGCACUUUUAACUGAUACCUGGCGUUAAAGCCCAGGACACUUCCAGCUGAUGGACUCCCAGCUCAUUGCCAACUGUUUGUUCCUCUGUUCAGUCGUGAUGUCACUCGUGGGAAGUUUGUUCUCACCCCAGACCUCCUUCCCACUUCCCCCACAAGCUCUUCCCCCCAACCCCAUCACCCACACCCUCUUCCUUUCCCUGCCCCCCAUGCUCUCUGCCUUCCCUGCUUUGCUUCAACCCUCACCUCCUUCCUCACACCCUCUCUCUCCUUCCUGCCCCCUUACCACCACCCCUCCAUUUUCAUUUUAUCCUGGGGCAAAGCCCUACAUGGUCCAAUAUGCCAACUUCCCUCCUUAGUUUGAUCAGCCUCUCACCAGGGUUUUGGACGACCAGAUCCAUCUGUACUUGUUCUAUACAGCAAAGUAUUAAUGUAGCUUGACGGGGGCUUCUCGCCGUUUCCCACCAGAGCCCCAGGUAGCAGAUCACAAAAGUCCCAUGGAAGCAGUAUUCAGGCCAUUGUUCCAGAUCUUCUGCACCCAUACCCCACUCUCCCCCUCAUGAAAUUCAAACCCCCCCCGCCACCUUUUCCCUGGUCAUUGGUGUUGCCUGCCUUAGAAGAUCUUUAUUUCUUUAAUAAGGUCACUGGGCUAGGAGGUUAGAGGUGAGGAUGGGCAUGGAAAUGGUGGUCAAAUGUUAGUGGAAUUGAAAGGUUGAGGGUAAAAAGUAGCAAUCUGUGUGUGACACUGGUCCUGUUCACGUUUUGGAUUUGUUUUUUUUUUUGUGGAUUGUGAAGUAUUGACCAGAUGUGUGCACUCAGCAGCUAUCGAAAUGAAGCCAUAGAUUUUGUCUCUUUUUAAAUGGCUUGUUUCAGGGAGCACAAACAAGCCUGUGAUUUCAUCUGUUCCCUGUACAUCCAGGUUUAUGCCAGGUACGACCUUGUUCAGGAAAAAACUCUUGUGUACCACUGCCUGUGGAUCUGGCUCAGGCCAAACAACAAAGGUGGCGUCUGCAGAUUUAGAGUUGGUCGCUACAGAUAGGAACAUGAAUGAAGCACUUUUCUGAGAAAGUCUGACAUGGAACAGAGAAUGCUUGGAAUGUGCAUCCUGAAUAACGGCGUCUGAGAAGAGACUGCCUCUUGUUUUGGGCGGAACCAAUUCAGGAGAAGCGAAUGUUUUUAGUAAUAUUUUAAUCGGAGGUGAAGAAUAUUUGUUCAAUAACAAUGCCUGGCGGUCUGAAGAAAAUCUUGAGGCUAUGUUGUUUUGCGCAUUUUUGUUAUUACCGAACCCUAGGUACAUUGGAGUUAAUUUCUAAGCCAGUCUCACAGUUAAUGAGAAUUCUGCUCGUCUAAAGCAACACUUCCAACUUCAAGUCGUAUGAUGAGUUAACUUACUGGUCUCUCUCUGUCUCUCUCUCUCUGUACCUGUGUGUGUGUGUGUGUGUGUCUCUGUCUCCCUCUCUCCCUCUCUGUACCUGUGUGUCUCUCUGUCUCCCUCCCUCUGUGCCUGUGUGUGUGUGUCUCUCUCUCUCUGUGCCUCUCUCUCUCCCCCCGUGUGUGUGUGUCUGUCUCUGCCUCUGUCUGUCUGUGUCUCUCUCUCUCUCUCUCUCUCUCUCUGUCUGCCUCUCUCUGAGCUGUGGUUCGGUAUGCAAUGCCAUCCACACUGCCAAUAGCAGGAUGGCUUUUUAUUUCCAGGCAUAGGUGGGGUAUUAAUGAACACAAAUACACGGGUCAAUUUUGCAAUGCCAAGUUAUGACUUCUCAUACUAAUGUAAAAGUUGGCAUAUUCUCAGGAGUGUCUUGCAAUGUAAUCCUUUACCAUUGAUUUAUUUAUAUUAUGCUUUUCAGGUUGGCUCAUGUCUUCCAGUUUGCACUCCAGGCUGACUUUUUGAUGAAACAUUCAUAUUGUUGGGGAUGAACUUUUCAUUGUUUAGCAUUUGGUUGCAGGUUAUUGGCUAACACACAGCCCACUUGAGAAAUAGUGUUAGUAUUUUAUGGUGAGUCUGUCCUGUGAGCCUUUCCCUUUAACCAUUGAAAAUUAUGAAUGGGUGGGGUUGCCCCUCAGUUGUGCAGAUUGUCAUUGCACUUGCUGAUUUAAGGGUGGGACCUCUCUUCAUUGCUUGGGUAUGGCUGUAAUUCUGAAUGAAAUGUAAUCUUGCAGGUCCCUGGGAGACUAUAAUUUUUUUAACUUUCUGAAAAAGUUUCAUUUGAGACCCCCUGGAAUAUCUUUAUUGUGAUUAUAUGAGGUUCUGGACUUAAAACUUUUUCUUGUAUGGUGUUGGCUAAUACCAAGUCAGGUUUGCUACCGUUGACCUGGUGGUUCUGUUUUACCAGCUCAUGAGUGGGAUUCCUUCUACUGGUUUGCCUGCUCAGUCUUGUUGCAGAGUGUUAUAUACAACAUUAGGAGGGGAGAGGAUUGGGUUUGAGUCUGGCUUUGAUGCCCACUGUGGUGGAAAAUUGCCUAACCUGAGCUGACAUAUUUGCCCUCUAGCAGUCUAGCAGCCCUCUACAUGACAGUCGACCUUGUGUAUGAGUCAGACCUACAGGAGAAAUGGGAGCAUUUUGUUUUAAACUCAGUUGCUUAUAAAUAUAAUGUCUCCCUGAACCACAUGCCAUGAUGUCCAGUUUUAUUAUUUCCAUUGAAUCCCAUCAAAUCUUACACCACUUUUGGUCCUCGCCUUGCUUAACAUCCUGUUGAUGUUACAAAGCUUUAAAAUUUGUUCUAGUCAGGAAGGAGGGGUGAGGCAAAGAUUGGAAAGUGUGCACUAAGAAAGGGCAAUCAUUUUUCUGAGAAUAGUUUUUAGAAUUCCUUUUAUAUGUAAAGCUAUAUAUUAAAGUAAGUGUUUUGGACAUUUGCAAUAAACAAACUUUGAUAACUAUGUUGGGCAGUGGAGGGCGAGGGAGGCAAGCAAGGAGGGGAAAUGGGAGCUUUCAUCUCUUGGCUACUUUAAGAAUCCAGAAAAGUUCUACGUCUGUGCAAAACACUAGCAAUCUGGAGUCUGAUCCAGGUAAUGCUGCAUUCCCAAUCCAGCUUCCUGACUUGGUGGGUAACAUUCCUCUGGUUCUACAUGUGCAGGAGACAAGUGAAUUAAGAAACAUGGUUGAGCCCCCAAUGGGUAGCACUCAGCAUAAUAUUUAUUUUGUAAUGAGGUUUUAAUUUGUAUAUUUUUGUGAUUUGUCUCCUUCCAUGAACUGUUUGCAUUAAUGUAUUCUGUCUUUUAAGUGUUUUUUACACAAAAUGCUGAACCAUUAUUAUGUACAAUUCCAUUGCUCUGUUUAGAAUAAUUCCCUGUUUUUGGGUUGUGCACUUUCUGCCAUUUUUAGGAGAACUAUUAGAUGUUAAGUGUAUUCCUCUCUGUGACUGGUUUAUUGCACACUUUGCCAAUGGAAACUCAAUUUGUUUCUGAGACCAGCAAGUUUUCUUUUGUCUACUUCUAAACAGAUGUGUCAAAAUUUUUGAUCGGAAGUGUGUUUAAAGAGUUUUUGUAAGCAGGGAAUGUUAAUCUAGUUUCCUUUAUUCUCGUGGUGUAUGCAUGCUAUGAGAAUUUGUGGGUAAUGCGAUUUCUUCUAAAUUAAGUAAAAUUUGUUUUGGGAGUGUAUUAUAUAUUUCUUAAUUAAAAAUGAUUUUAA